AUGUCUUCCCCCAGCACUCCCGCUCGCAGCAUCACUUCCAGCAGCAGCACUCCCGGUAGCGCCUCCAGCGCCAGCAGCACCAAUACCACUUCCACCACCCCCUCAACUCCAGGUCCCUCCGCAACCCCCUCCUUAACCCCCUCCCACGUUACCACUCCCUCCCACUACGCCACCCUAAAAAUCCCCAUCACCGCCUCCCAAUCCGAAAUCCGCGCCGCCUUCCACACCCAUUGCAAAAUGGCCCGCACGCGCGGACCAACUUACAUCCCCUCCUUCCACUCCUCGGCGCGCUACGUCCAGUUAAAAGAAGCGUACGACAUACUCAGUGAUCGUGACGAUAAGCGAAAGUACGAUAUCAUGCGUGCCAAGGCCGGGGAUGGUGAGAUUGGGGAACGACUUAAACGGGAGGUGGAAGAGGUGGAGAGGCAGUGGGGGGAGGUGAAAAAGGAGGUCAAAGAGGGGAAAGGAUUGGGGAUGGGAGAGGGGGAAAAUUGGGAAAAGCAUAUGAGGGGGAUUCAAGAGAGGAAGGAGGAGAGGAGGAGGGAACAGAGAGAAUGGGAGGAACAGAGGGUGUUGUAUGUGUAUGAGGGGACGGGGGAGGAGGUGGUUAGGAAGUGGAAGGGUAGGCCGAGGGGACCGAGGGUGAAGGGGACUAAUGUUUAG